UCCCAGAAUGCACGGGUGCAGAAGCACGCGCAGGCGCAGUUGGUCUUUUUGAGCGGUGACCGUGAGGAUGUUAGGUCUGUAACGUUACAUGUUAAAUUAAACGGACAUAAAACACCGCACAUAAUGUCAUUAUCGGGUUUACUUCAGUUUCUCGGACGUUCUCUGCAGCGUCUGGAGCUGCGUUUUGCGCAGGCGGCGGGAUUUGACAGCUUCGGUCCAGCACUGGCAGUAAGUGGUCCCCAGAUUCUUCCUCAAUCCCAUCACAGCAACAAUGAAGAAAACUCUGAGCCCAGUUUCUUGGACAGUAUCUUUUGGAUGGCAGCUCCUAAAAAGAGAAGAACCAUUGAAGUCAAUCGUUGCAGAAGACGACACCCAAAUAAACUGAUAAAAGUCAAGCACAACAUUGAGCCGUGUCCAGAGUGUGACAACAUGAAACUAAAGCAUACUCUGUGUGGAUUCUGCUUUGAAAAGGUCAGGAAGGAGACGGCAAUGAUACGAAAGCAAAUCUCCAUCAUGGAAGGCGGACCUCUCAAUGCUCCUGCUGUAGAGUCUGUUGUUUUGUAUGAAAAUGAAAAUCCCUCUGAAGCAGAUAAGGACAAGAGAAUAAUAGAACGCAACAGGAAACGCCCUUAUUGGUUUAACAUGUAACUGCUGUAAAAUAAAGACUUUUUUGUGAAAUAAA